UCAACACAGAUCAGUUGCUACAUUUGGCUCAAGUCAGGCGAGCUCGGGAUGGCGGCUGCAAAUGCAGAGGUGUUCAAGGCCAAGCACCAAUUGAAGCAACAUGGAGCCGAGGUGUACGCGCUCAAGUAUGCGGACGGGGUUCUGUACUCUGGGGGCGCCGACUCGAUGGCGCGGUCGUGGGACGUGCGCAAGGGCAAGAACCUGAAGACGUUUAAGGGCCAUGUCGAGACGGUGUGGUGUCUGGACGUCCAGGAUGGGUUCCUCUACACGGGCUCUGCCGACAAGAGCGUGAUCAAGUGGGACGCGGCCAAGGGCAAGGUGGUGGACAAGCUGUUGGGCCACAAGAAAGCCAUUUUCUGCCUGGCGGUGGCCGACGACGGCACACCGUACUCGGGGUCAGACGACAAGACGGUCAUCAAGCACGACGAGCGCGUGAUGGUGUACAAGGGCCACAAGAAGACGGUGCUUUCGCUGCUUGUCCGCGGCUCGUCGGUCUUUUCGGCGUCGACAGACAAGACGGUGCGGCUGUGGGAUACAGCGUCGGAUGCGUGCGUGAGGGCGUACACCGGCCACUCGGACAUUGUGUACUGCCUCGAGGUUGCCGACGGCGUGCUGUACACUGGCUCGCGCGACGGUACGGCGCGGGCGUGGAACGUGCUCACCGGCGCAUGCAUCCAUGUCUUUACCGGGCACACCUCGCGGAUCACGUGCCUCCAUGUUGCCGACAACGAGCUGCUGUACACUGGCUCGGCCGACGGCUCGGUGCGGGUGUGGGACAUCCACACCGGCGAGUGCGUGCGGGUGCUGUCGGGCCACGACAACAUUGUGCUCUGCAUUGCCAUGAACCCACAGGGCACGUUGCUCUUCACUGGCUCGGCCGACCACUCAGUGGCGGUGUGGAACGCCCGCAACGGUGAGCUGCUGGCGCGCGGGCAGACCCACUCGCACUGGGUUCUUGCCGUCGACUGUUCUGACACGGCGCUCUUUUCGUCGUCGCGUGACGGCUCGAUCUGCAUUUGGGACGUCUCGAGCUACGCGUCCAAAGCCGAGGCGAGUCCGGUAACCCGCGCCGCCACGUCGGUCCGCGUUCCGGUGUUCAAUGCAAGCGGCGCCAAGUCCGUUGUCAAGGUUGCGCCAGACGCGACGCUCGCCGCCGUCCUUGACGCCGCCAAGGUCUCUUUUGGCCUUGCUGGCUCAUGGUCGCUGGCAUACGACCCCGGGCUUGGGUCGGAGCAGCGCGUGCUUGAGAACCGGACGCCGAUCGGAUCGCUGAGCGAUGUGACGUCUGCGGCUGGUGCUGCCCGACUGGUCAUCAUUGCGCAUCCCGACUCGAUUUCGGCCGCCGCCUCGCCGCGAGCCACCGCAACAGCGUCCAUGGCUCCCACGCCUACAGCGACGACGACCAACGGGACCAAGGCUGCGAGCGGCUCGGACCCAGCGCUCGCCGCGGAGCUCGAGCGGCUUCGCGCCGAAAAUGCGCGACUGCGGAGUGCCGGCGCAGGCGCGGCGCCUGCAGCUACGGCCGACUCAGGCUCCAAGGUGGACGCGUCGCAGCUUACCGCGGCACAGAGCCAGAUGCGUGAUGCCGAGGCUCGUGCCAGUGCGUUGGAGAGCCAGCUUGCGGCGGCAACCAAGAAGGUGGCCCAGCUUGAGGGUGAGCUGCGUGCGGCGGAGCAGGCAGCAGCGUCCAAUGCAGCCGCCGGCGAGGCCGCGCUCCAGCAGCAGAUUGUGGAGCUGAAGCAGGCACAGCGGGACGAGCGCGGACGGAUGGAGGCGGAGAUUGCAACGCUUAACUCGCAGAUCGCGACGCUCAACUCGCAGCUGAGCGAGGCACAGAGCACGCUGGCAGCUGUCCAGGGCAAGUACGAACAGCUCAAGGCGGCGACGGCGUCGUUUGAGGCCGAGCGGCAGCAAGCAGCAGCAGUCAAGGCCGAGCUGGCGGCAGCAAGCUCGCAGCUCGCGUUCCACCAGAGCGAGUCGAGCCGACUCAAGGAGGUGUACGAGAAGGAGCGGCGGCUCCGGAUCAAGUACUUUAACCAAAUCGAGGACAUGAAGGGCAAGAUUCGGGUGUACUGCCGUGUGCGGCCGUUCACGGCGUCGGACGGCGCCGAGGGCGGCGAGCUUGCCGCCGACGUGCUCGACGAGGCCACGCUCCUCAUUCACGACACCAAGAAGGACCGUGAGUACUCAUUCACCCACGUGUUUGGCAUGGACUCGACCCAGGACCAAAUCUUUUCCGAGACGACCCAGCUUGUGCAGUCGGCCGUCGACGGUUACAACGUGUGCAUCUUUGCGUACGGGCAGACCGGCUCCGGCAAGACGUACACCAUGACGGGUGCGCCGGACGCGCCAGGCAUCACGCCGCGAGCCUUCUCGCAGAUCUUCGAUUCGUUCCAACACCAGCCCAACUACACGUACUCGGUCUCGUGCUACAUGUUCGAGAUCUACAACGACAACCUCGUCGACCUUCUCACCGACGUGCCGGUCGACGCGCGGCCAAGCUCGACGUUCACCACGAUGAAGGCGGCAUGGUGUACAUCUCGAACAUCGAGAUCCUGCCCGCCGGCUCGCCCGAGGAGCUGCACUCGAUCCUCGAGCUCGGCAUUGCCCACCGGCACACCGGCGCUACCAACAUGAAUGAGCACUCGUCGCGCUCGCACCUCAUCCUCUCGAUCCUCAUCGAAGGCACCCACAACGAGAACGGGUCGACAACUCGCGGCAAGCUCUCGCUUGUCGAUCUUGCAGGCUCGGAGCGGUUCGCCAAGACCGGCGCCGACAAGGAGCGGAUGAAGGAGGCCCAGUCAAUCAACCGCUCGCUGGCCGCCCUCGGCAACGUCAUUGCCGCCCUCACCUCGAGCGACAAGCAGCACAUCCCGUACCGGUCGAACAAGCUCACGUACUGCAUGUCCGACUCGCUCGGCGGUACGGCUAAGACCCUCAUGUUUGUCAACAUCUCGCCGUCGUCAUACAACGUCUCCGAGACCGUCUCCUCCCUCGGCUAUGCCGAGCGGGUCAAGACCAUCGUCAACAACUCGCAGCGCAACGUCGAGACUGAGGAGAUCAAGAAGCUCAAGGCCAUCAUCAAGAAGCUGAAGGGUCGCUAGUAAUGAACGAUAAAGCUCAGACUGCA